AGUAUGAACCGCGGCUCCAGAGAGGAGUUGCUAGGCAGCUCGCAGGAGGCCCUGCGGAACAGCCAGCAUGAUCUCCGUCACGUGUUCGAGAGACCUCUGACAAGGGAAGAGAAGACUUACCUCCUACAUGCUGAUAGAGGAGACUAUGUUACAGUAAAGAGGUUAAUAGAACAAUUCGCUGGAAGGUCCGACGUCUUGGACAUUAACUGCGUGGACCCUCUCAACAGAUCUGCCCUCAUAGCCGCUAUAGAGAACGAGAAUAUAGAGCUCAUCAAACUACUCCUCGGUUCUGGGAUUAAAGUCAAGGAUGCACUUCUCCAUGCAAUCAAAGAAGAAUACGUAGAAGCUGUGGAACUACUUCUGCAGUGGGAAGAAGAUAAUCAUGUUCCUGGUGAACCAUACAGUUGGGAGUCGGUCGAUCCUGCAGGCGCUACCUUCACUCCAGACAUCACUCCGCUCAUCCUAGCAGCCCACAGGAACCACUACGAGAUCCUGAAGAUCCUCCUCGACAGAGGAGCCACGCUGCCGGUGCCACACGACGUCAAAUGCGGAUGCGACGAGUGCGUUAAGUCCUCCCAAGAGGACUCUCUCCGUCACUCACAAGCCCGCAUCAAUGCGUACCGAGCUCUCUCAUCUCCCUCCCUUAUCGCUCUUUCCUCUGCCGACCCCCUCCUGACUGCCUUCCAGCUGUCUUGGGAACUGGGCCGUCUAAGCCGGAUGGAAACUGAGUUUAGAGUCGAGUAUAAGGCAUUAAGACAGCAAUGUCAGGAGUUCGCGACAUCACUACUAGACCACACAAGAACAUCGAAAGAACUAGAAAUAAUGCUCAACUAUAACCCUUGGGACGUGGACUGCUGGGAGCCAGGGGAGAGGCAAACCCUGGGCCGACUCAAACUAGCCAUCAAGUACAAGCAAAAAAUGGUAACACGUAUCAGACAAUUACUCAAAAAAUGUAGACAAGAACGAUUUAUAAUAUAAUGUCGAAAUAAAUGAGCGAUGGUAAUUUACGA